AUGAAACGAGAGCAUUUUGUGCCCCCAAGGAAUGGACCAUGGGAGAACCAGCCCAGUGAGAAGCAGCCGAAAAAGCUGCCCUGCCAAAAGCCACUUGGCCGUAGAGGCAUAGCGACGGGGCUGAGUGAGGAGAAUGUUCCUCCAGAUUCAAUCUUUGGCUCGCGAAAGAAGAGGAUUGAGGCACUUCUCAUGGUCUCGCUGAUCUAUUUCAGCCUGGGUUCGUGGUUUGAGUUGAUUCCAAAUUGCCAGGAGCCGGGGAAAGUCUCAGGUGUGGGUGUGAGCGCGGCUCUUUCGCCACGGAACAAGGGCUGGUCUGGCAAUCCCAGAACUGAGAGGUGCCCGGAGGCAAUGGAGCCUGGAGAUAAGGAUUUGUUUUCACCAAGCUGCAGACCCCUUCGGCGCAGGUUUCCUUCUGCAGACAAAGGAACUGUGCCUCUUCCUCCGUGGCUCUCAGUAGGCGACUGCUCUCCACCCUCCGCGCGUUCCGCUUCGCCCCGGGGCGACCGUCGCUCGCCGCGCUGGGAGCGCUCGCGCUCGCCUUCGCCCUCGUCGCCGGUGCGGCCGACGUCGCCCCAGGACCGACGGGUGCUUCAGUGGACCAGUGGCUAUGAACUGGACAGCUACAGGCAGAUCAAGGUCUUCCCCGACAACGUCCAGCAGCAGAGCUGUGCGGCCUUGAAACCAGCCAACGCUGCAAAGUUUAGCAAGGAGGAAGAACAUGACCGGAUCAUUGGGCCUGAUGGAACGCUCAAGCCUGGUUGUAAGCGGCGCAUCUCUCCCAAUUCGAGGUGCACCGUCAGCUCCAUCGCGUUUACGCCGCCACCCACACCGGAAGAGAGUGCGAGUCCCACCUCCCCUGUGCGUGAACCGCUCCAGGGCCUGCAGUCUGCCCGCAACGGAGAUGCCAACUUCUCGUUGCCCACGCAGAUCCCGCGGAAGCGACUGCAGCCAUCAGAAAGCCCAACUCAGAGUGAGUCCUGGACGACUCCCGUGGCAGGGAUGGCCUCACCGCGGUUUUCCUGGGCUGCGGACAUGGUGCCUGAUUUGAAGGAGGCCCCUGGCACUGGCCGCUGUCUUUCGCCCCGCUCCCCAACGCGGUGUUCGCGUUCGCCACACGACGUUGUGUCGCCGCGGAGUUUGAUCCGCAGCAACGCAACGCUGGGAACAGGUCUCUAUGCAGAGGAACCCCAGAGCAUGUUGGAGAACUUUCUGGGAGCACGGAAAGGUCGGAGUCCAGCGGCUCGGAGCCGAGGUGCUUCUCCUUUGGCUUCGCCUUAUCGGAACGACGCGGGAGAAAGCCUGGGCUUCGGCACCCUGUCGUGGGGAAAGGUCUCCUCAGGUGGUGCUGCUGGUGGCUAUGGACUUGAUGUUGCAGCCAGACAAGCAGCUGGUCGAUUUCAUGGCUCGGGAACUCUCAACCAGGCUUUAAACGCAAGAGUAGAAGACAUUACUUUCAAGGAGCCGUUCAUGCGGCAUCGCCAGAAGGUGCUGGAGCAACGGGCGCAAUCUCCGUUGCGCUGGCGAUAGCGAGGUUUUAAAAAACUAGACACAAAGAGUGAGGGCACUGCACAUUUCACGUCACCUUUCGGUGAUUUUCUUUUGGACCCUUUUUCUUUUGCGCAAGAGCCGUAGCGCCGUAGCGUUGUUCCAAGCAGGGUUUGGGCCCUCAGCAGUUGCUGCAAAGUUUGUGCAACGCAGCGCUGGUUCUUGAAUGUUCUUGAUGUACAUAGUGACAUAGUGCAUGAACGCAAACUUUCAACGGUCCACACUGGUUCCGAAGGAAUCAUGUUUGGUCAUAGCUCGAACUGACGGUGAAGUUGGUAUUGUCUUGACAUUCUUGACUGCAGAUGCCUUGAAGGAAAUGCUAGGUAGUCAUGGAAGUGG